ACGCAGGGCUGUCACUGAGCAUGAACUGAAACCACAAGAAGAAGUAACUUUAGAGGCGUAACUAUACAGGACAAUAGUGUCUAACACAAGUGUGUAAGGAAAAGCUGCAAGCUUUUGGGGAGAGAUUGGACACAUUACAUUAAGCUUUGGAUGACAGUGAACAAUUUACAUUUAAACAGCACAGGAAGAGGAGAAAGUGAAAAAACAUGGGAAGGAAAAGAGUCUGAUAAGCUGGCAAGGCAGUGUGGGAUAUAAGUGUGCAAUACACUGCUGGUUAUCCACUGGGGAACAGCCAGAGUCUUUGCCUGUGCUGGUGGCUUUGUGCUUCAGUGCACCUGUGCUAAACUGAAUACUGGCUUGUAGCCAAACAUCUCUGCACAGCACUGGAUUCCUUGAUAUAGCUUCCUGCUUUGGCUUGUUAUGAUCAGUAAGUUCCGGACAGCAGUGUCAGGGCUGGUGGGAUCGUGGUAUAACAAACACAGUGCAGAGCCCAGCACCUGUACUGCUGAGAUGGAGCACCCAAACCCAGGAAACCAAAACCCUUGCACACUUUGUAGACCAACCUUUCUUAAUCUAUCUCCAGAGGAGCUACAGGAGUCAGGGGACCACUCCAUCAGGAAAGUAUUAACCUUGAAGAGACCUGCAGAACUACCUUGGGGGACCGGUUAUGCUGAAGUGGUCAAUGCUGGAAAAAGCCAACAAAAUGAAGACCAGGCCUGCUGUGAAUUUGUAACAGUAGAAAAACGAGAUGGUAAACUUAGUGAUUGCAAAGAACCUCAAGAUCUGAAAAUUGUCACAGGAAAGAAGUGCCUCAGUCAGGAAGAUAAAGGUUUCUUGUUUUAUUACUGGGGAUUGUUUGAUGGCCAUGCAGGAUGUGGAUGUGCCAUAGCUGCUUCUCGGCUCUUACACCUCCACAUCUGUGAUCAUUUGCGGGACCUGGUACAUAUUAUACCACAUUCAGCAGCUGCUCCUUUAAACCUUGAUCCUGGCACAAGAAUAGACCACAUCGCUGGUGUCAAAACUCCAGAAAAUGCACAGCCGCCGGAAGUUGCAGUCCGCUUUCACCUUGAAAAGCAAGUUUUUCCUGAGAGUCUUGUCGUUGGUGCCAUUGAAAAUGCAUUCAAAGAGAUGGAUGAACAGAUUAAAAAAGAAAGAACUACAUACAAAAUUGAAGGAGGAUGCUGUGCUCUUGUUGCCGUCUAUUUAAUGGGCAAGUUAUAUGUAGCCAAUGCUGGUGACAGCAGGGCCAUAAUCAUUCGACAAGGGGAAACCAUAUCGAUGUCACAAGAAUUUACUCCAGAAACAGAAAGGCAGAGGCUCCAGUUCCUAGCAUUCUUGAAACCAGAGCUAUUGGGAAACGAAUUCACGUAUUUGGAAUUUCCUCGGAGGAUACAGCAGAAGGAACUCCGAAAGCGGAUGUUGUAUCGAGACCACACAAUGACAGGCUGGGCCUAUAAAACAAUUGAAGUAGAAGACAUGAAGUUCCCACUGAUUUAUGGAGAAGGGAAAAAGGCAAGAGUUAUGGCCACUAUUGGUGUCACACGAGGGCUUGGGGACCAUGAUCUCAAGGUGUAUAACUCAAACAUCUACAUCAAGCCUUUCUUAUCCUGCAUUCCAGAUGUGAGAGUUUAUAACUUGGCAGAAUGUCAGCAUAGCCCUGAUGAUGUCAUGGUAAUGGGAACAGAUGGGUUAUGGGAUGUCAUUAGUGACAAAGAAGUGGCUGAUACUGUGAAAAGAGUGUUUUCUUCACCUGCCACCGACAUACAGAACAGGUAUAACAUUGCAGCAAAAGAGCUUGUCCUUCAAACCAGAGGAAUUCUACAAGAAAACUGUUGGAGAUUAUCUAAUGGGACACUGGCAUCUGGAGAUGACAUAUCUGUGUUUGUUAUUCCUCUAGCUGGCCUAGAAGCUGAAUAUAAACACCAGUAGAGGACACAAUGGCUCUCGGUUUUGUUACUGUCACAGCAUAAUAUAUAUAUUGCAGGAGCUACACAUACAAAGCACUUUGAAAGACACUUUUAAUCCUAAAUGUUUAGAUGUUUUAUUAAAACAUACAGAUAAGAUAAAGGAACAUAGAAGUAUGCCCAAGUGCUUUUACUGGAAUUCAUGUAAAAUAAGCAGUGUUAGAUGGAACAGAAAUGAAAGAUAUAUUUAUAUCACUAUUACACUAGAGGAUUAAUCAAACAAAAGUCUGAUGUAUUGGGGAAUAAAGGUUUAUUUUGAAGACAGGCCUUUUUUAUCUAUGGGUCAGGCUUCAAAAACGGGUCCCUAUUCUGUUUAGGUUGGUUCUUCAUAAUCCCACUUAAUAAUCUUAAAUAGUUUCCUGCUAUAGAAAAUAGAAGUCAAUAAAUUGCUGGUUUAGACCAUUUGAAUAACAGUCUUUCUAUUAAAAAAAAAACAAAAAACACCAAGGCCAACGUGUACAUUUAUUACAUUGAAUAGCCAACCAGUGCAAAUAAAGAUAUAGGGACGUGA